UACAAGAUUUGUUUGGAUUUAAGAGAACUUAAAUAAAAGGGAAAAAUAGAGGGAAUCUGACAACGCCUACACCGAUGGUUGGAUGGACUUGGAAUUGAAUCGACUUUCACCAGGAAUUUAUUUUUAUAACAUUGAGUCUUGAAGUUAUUCUUUAAUUUUUUUUCGUUUUAAAUUUUAGUGAAAUUUAAAAAAAAUUUUUGUUGAAUGCGUCACGCAGUUGUAAAAACACAAUUACACAAAGCAGUUAAAUCUGCAUCAGAAAAAGCUUUGGAUAUUAUUGAAGCAGCACCAAGAAUUCGAUUAAAUAAUUUGAGAGACAAUCCGGGGGCUAGAACUGAGGGAAGACAAGUAAAUGCUCAAGCACACAAUCAAGCUGGACAUACAAUUGGAGAAUUACAACACGCAGCAAAACCCCCAGCAGGAUGGGUUUGGGGGGACUUUUUUAGACCGUGGCACAGAAUGUUUCCUGGAGAUAAACAAUUUAAUGGGGAUAUUAACCUUCGUCGCGAAUAUAUUCCACUCUCUUUAAUUGAACUUCAACGAAUUAUUGAUUUGGGAUGGUUAGAUACAACCAGACUUAUUGAUGUUUGUGCUCUUUGUGCAACUCGGUUAUUUGAUGAAAAAUUUGUUCCUAGUGAAUUGAGGCAAUUUGGAAUUGAUUUAACUGAUGAGGGAGAAGAAGUAUUUUCUACUCCAAUAAAUUUGGAAGUUCAAUGGGCAUCACUCACAGCAAUUGCGGCUAUUGAAAGGGCUGGUGGACGUAUAAGAACAGCUUAUUACGAUUUGGAAAGUUUGAAGGCUGCAGAAAACCCACAGGCUUGGUUUCGUGCUGGUAAACCAAUCCCGAGGCGUAUGCACCCUCCACAUUCGUUAUAUGCUUAUUAUAGUGAUCCUGAUUAUAGAGGUUAUUUAGCCAAUCCAGAAGAAAUUGAAAAAUCAAAAAUUAAAUUAUCAGAAAUACUUGAAUAUAAUUUAAAUAAAGAAGAAGAAAACCAACAAAAAUAUGUUAUCGAAGAUAAAUCUCCAAAUCAAGUAUUUUUGGGUUUACAACCUGGACAAUUAAUUAGUUUAGAAGAUAAAAAAGUUUUUGAACCAACAAAUGAAAUGCUUAUUAAUUAUUAUAAAGGGGUUGAUGGGCCGUUGUCUGAUAAUGUUAGAUAG